AUGCUGCUUGAGAGGCUGGUUGGUCGAUGUGCGAUUAUUCUGGAGGGGCCAUUGUGGCAUUUUAGCAGCGAGUGUGUAAUUGGUAUAUCUUUUCUGCAGCAGAGUACCCUUCCUGAAGCAUUCACAAUGGACUACUAUUGUAUCGACUCAAUCCUAGCCGAAGAAGAAAAACUAAAGGUAAAGUUUUCACAUGAGGUUGAAAACUUUGGAUUUUAUCUGGGCCCAACACACAGUAGUAUCAAAAGAGAUGCAAAAGUUGAUCUUCCGUUCUUUCUUAUCAAGUUUCUGCUGCUGAAUGAAUACUGCUGUGUGGUUGAGCAUCCACUAAAAACAAUGAAGCAUGACUUGGAUGCAGGGGCAGUGCUUGUUGAUCUCAAAAACAGGUAUUUUUACACUGUAAAUAUGCAUAUUUACGACAGAAAGUAUCUUUUCCACACAUUCUUUGAAAGAAUUGGGUCUCUUAUCACUUUAUUACCGAAGGGCGAUUUUAGUGAGGAUGAUGUGGCAAAACUAAGCAGCGAAGAGAAGAAAAUUAUUGUUUGCUCAAGAAGAGUGUUUGUUGAAUUUGAGAACUAUUAUUCCAAGAAAGGCAGCAGCGAACUUUAG